AUGGAGGGUAACGUUAGCAGCUCCUCAGGUACCAUAGUUUCUGGACUCUCAACUGCCUACGCAUCUAGCGGUUCUCACCCCUCCACUAUCUCAAUGGAGGCGGCGGCCAUGCACUUUCUCUCCUCGGGGAUCCACGGGGACGUCAACGGCAACAACAUGGAUGGCUGUGAAGAAGCAGAGGAGGAAGAAGCGGAGGAAGAAGAAACAGAGGAGGAAGAAACGGGCGAGGAUCGCAUUAGAAGCCUGGUCCAGGAAUUCUUCAGUGCGCCGCCGUCAGCGAAUUGCAGCAUCAAACGCGUUGACAUGAGUGUCGUAGAGAGGUGGGUCACGGAGCUUGGCGUCGGUUGGGUUCUCAGCCUCGAUGAUGGUGCAUCUGUAUGGGAGGAACUCCUUCUUGAUGAUGCACAGUGCUGGAUCUUGGCCCUUUACGAAAUCGCACAAACCAUCUGUUUCAAGAGGCUCUUUCCUGAUCGUGGCUCCAUGGGCCUGCCCAGUGCCAGUAUUUGUGAUGAAGAAGGAGAACAUGUGGGUGAGGGUGAGAGAUGCAUUCCGGAUCAAUACCAUUUGGUGCUGUUCAUCCAAGAAACCAUGUUGAAGGUGCUCACUUUUGUUGACGUUGUAGUUGCUUGGGAUCCCAAUAUGGGAGAAGAACUUAUUUCUAUGGAUGAGGUUAUGCCGCCACCAUACAAUAAGAUAAUUACCCUGCUGGGUAUGCACGACGCUCUGUCUGAAGUCUCAUACAAGAUCGCAGCGCAAUUUUAUUGGGCAUCCUCUGUGGAAGUUAAAAGGAUAGAGAACGAAAUGGCCAUCCUCCUUUCAGCAUAUAAGAGCAAGGUGGGUGAGGCAACAAUGAGCACAAUGGAGGAGAUUAGGACGAGGUUGCUAGAGGAUGGCAAUGACUCGUCGAGUUCUCUAAAUCCACAAGAUCAUCAGACAUUCACAAGGUCACUCGGGAAAAACUACUCCCCGCUGUCCAAGUUUGAGUCUGAAUUUCAGAAAAUGUACACCACCCAAAAGCAGUGGAAGGUUCCAGAUCCUAGGCUCAGGAGAAGGCUACGCAAAGUUAUUACCAACAAAAUCAUUCCAGGCUAUACAGAAUAUAUAGAGGAUGAAAAAGUAACCAGACCAAAAAUCAGUCCACUCAAGAUGGAAGCGAUGCUGCAAGAGAUAUUCGAAGGAUGA